AUAGAUCUGCUUCUGCUCCGCCUUCCCGGUGGGACUCGGUGUGGGAACGAAACCCGCCGCAGGCUGAGCCGCCCCCUGGGCUGGGAGCACCCUCAGCCUCUCGCGUGGCGGAAGGAGCCCUUAAGCCGCGCUCGAUGGAGGCCGGGGGUCGUCAUUCCCCUUCAGCCAAGACAUACCCGUGCUGGCCAGGGGGCUUGUAGGGCUUGAGGGGACGCAGAACCGUGCUCAUGUCUUAAGUUCAGUCAUUUUUGUACGUCGGUUUUUAUGCUAGAGUGUGGAAAGGCUGCCAAGGAUCACUUCUUUCCUUGUCUCUGCACCUCAAAAGGGACAUGCAUGUUUAGGUGACUCACUACAGGAAUAUCAAAAUGCCUAAUCUUGACCAUCCAGCAUACCCAGCAGAUGACCUGUUUCACUUGGAAAGUUUGGUGCCCUGUCGAGAAUCCCAGGUGUCCAUGUUGCUGUCAAUAUUUGGCGAGCGUCAGCAGUUUAGUUUUCCAUCCAUCUUUAUCUAUGGACAUACAUCUAGUGGAAAGACUUAUGUGAUGCAAACUCUUCUAACUACCUUACAGCUUCCUCAUGUGUUUGUGAACUGUGUGGAAUACUUUACAUCACGACUUCUUCUAGAAGAAAUUCUCAUCCAGUUGCAAAACCGUUCUCCUGGCACAGAGCAGACCUCUCCUGUGCAUUGUGAUACGUUGAAUGACUUUGUUCGUCUGUUUAAACAGGCUGUGGCCAGCCAGAAGCUUCAAGAUGAAACAUUAUACAUUGUUCUGGAUAGAGCAGAGCAGCUGAGGGAAAUGGAAGCAAACAUCCUGCCAGCAUUUCUUAGGCUUCAGGAGUUGACUGACAGAAAUGUGACAGUUGUUCUGCUCAGUGAAAUAGUGUGGGAACUGUUCCGUCCAAACAUUGGGUGCUUUGAGCCAUUCACCAUGUAUUUUCCGGAUUACAGCAUAGGACAUCUGCAGAAGAUCUUGUCUCAGAAUCAUCCCCCAGAAUAUUCUGCAGAUUUCUAUGCUGCAUAUAUCAAUAUUUUGCUUGGUGUCUUCUACAUGGUCUGUAGGGACCUGAAAGAACUUCAGCAUCUGGCUGCACUCAAUUUUGCUAAAUACUGUGAACCAGUGGUCAGAGGGGAAGCAAAUGAACGUGACACCCGCAAACUCUGGAAAAAUAUCGAACCUCAUUUGAAGAAGGCAAUGCAGACUGUUUAUCUUCGGGAAAUAUCCAGCUCACAGUGGGAGCGUUUGCAGCAUGAUGGUGGAGAGCCUGGGCAGUUGAAAGGACUUUCUGCACAUACCCAUGUGGAACUUCCUUAUUACUCCAAAUUUCUUCUAAUAGCUGCUUACAUUGCCUCCUACAAUCCUGUUAGGACAGAUAAGAGAUUCUUUCUUAAGCAUCAUGGGAAAAUUAGAAAGACCAAUUUCAUGAAGAAGCAUGAGAAGACCAGCAAUCACCUACUUGGGCCGAAGCCAUUUCCCCUGGACAGAUUGUUAGCAAUUUUAUAUAGUAUUGUGGACAACAGAGUUGUUCCAACUGCAAAUAUCUUUUCCCAGAUCACCUCUCUUGUGACACUGCAGCUGUUAUCCAUGGUUGGCCAGAAUGACCAGCUUGAUGGACCACGAUACAAAUGUACUGUAUCUCUGGACUUCAUCAGAGCUAUUGCCAGGACCGUGAACUUCGACAUAAUAAAGUACUUGUACGAUUUCUUGUGAAAACAAGCUUCACAGCCAUAUGGACACUGUGACAAUGACUAAGGCAAGCUGUGUUCAUCUCUCUACUUAGCCGGCCAGAAAGAAGAGUAUUUUGGCUCUUUUGGAUUUGUCCAAACAGGUGCUGGCCCAGCAUGGAACCUGAUGAAAAUACUCUGAUUGGUCUGGGUGGAUCUGAGCAGAGGACUAUUUACCAGGGACCCUGGAGUAUUUGGAAGCAAUGUGUUAAUUAUAAACAGCAGGGUUUGAGCACAAUCUGUUCUACUCUUAAUGAUGUUAUCUUAACACUGAAAUUGCCUGAAACCCAUUUACUUAGGACUGCAUUUUGCUCUAUGAACUCUCCCCAGUGCUUUGAACAUGGCAGCAGCCGUUGUUUGUAUGCCCAGUCUUUUCACUUCCUCUCCACAGGAAUCUUUGCAAUUGCCUGCCAAAGCAGCUUUUCCUGAGGCCACCAUUUCAGGAGAGUUGAGUAGCAAAGUAUAAUAAACAUAAGAACAUAUUUAAAAAUCAAGCUGGUACAAAUACUUCUUUCUCUUCAGUAGUAUGUAGGCAGACUGUUACCCUGUUACAUGGAGAUCAUGAUGAUAGGAAUCUCCCAAUUAGUCACCAUACUGUCUUCUGUAGUCCAUUCAUAAAUGUUGACUAUGAAUGUAUUUUUACGAAGCUGUUUUAAAAAAAUAAAUGAUUCUUAAAGUUCUAUUCCUAUGUCAAA